UCACUUGACGCAGCAGGGAUGUCUCAUGGCAGAGCAGCAGCUAGUCCUGAAACUAAAAGCAGUCGUAAAACUCCUCGGAGCUCGUUGGCUACCGUGUAGCCAGAAUUGUCCCCCGCGACGUCGGUUAUGUGAAGUAACAGCCAGUUGACAGACAUGGUGGAAAGUUAAUUCUAAGCAAAAGGCUACUUGUGUUGUUCCGUUCCUACAACUUUGCUCAGUCCAGCAGCCGUUCAGCCGCGACCACACCCUCCUUGCUUCCUCAUAGUACUCUAGCGGGAGCGCGCAGCACGACUUUGAAUCUCUGGGAAUAACGGCCGCUUCUUCCAGCUACGUUUACGGUUUCGUGACCGUGGAAUCUGCCAGAACAAGUGAGUUAAAUGUUCAAAGACCACCGACCGGCAUGGAUAUGAGAAGCGACUCCCCACAGAGGAUAUGCGGGGCUACACACUCUCUGGUCCCGAGUUAAGACGCGGAGGAGGAGGUGGAGGGCGGAUAGACGGACGAUGUAUAUGGAGUCGAAGCGACCGGAGCAACUGCUAGCUUCUAACCCAGGGCUCUGUUUGAAAAAGAAGAGGUUGAAAGUGGAUUGAGGGGUUUGUGUUUUUGGGCAGUCGCCCUUUCGGUGGAUUUUACUUGGGAGGACUCAUGAAACGAUGGUGCUGGAGGGAAACACAAGUCUUCCCGCUAUCCAGAAGAGCUGCCCGGGUGUUGCCCCGUUUGUAUCCAGCAUGAGUACGCCAGGCCGGUCAAACUCAUUGGGAACAAGUCGGACAAGAUCUCGGUGCUGUGUCAGGCUACUUGCUCCGAUGCGAGUGGACUCAAAAUGAUAUUCUAUUGAUUACAGGCAAAAAAAAAAAAAAGACUUAAAAGGCAUCUACUAAACGUUGAGGUUAUGUUUUCUUGGCUGCAGUCAUAAAAGACCCCAAGAAAAGACAUCUAACGAUACAGAAAUAGCACAGAGGCAGUUCAACAGAUUUAAUUCCAAUUGGGAAUGUGUUCUUUUGACAUUAUUUUCAUACUUCUCCACCUGCACUUUGCCUUUUAGAAGGCACCUUGGUGGCACUGCAGCUUGUGUGUGAUUUAUUUUUUAAUUCAGAAACCUGUGAAUCUAUUCCAAAAAAACCUGGGACUACCAUGAGAAUAUUGACUUUUUAAUGAUGGGUUAUGUUGUUCAGGGCAUUUAAAUUCAUCUAAGUCAUUUAGCAUAUAACUUAUAACACUGAUUAAUCAGAAGUUGUGGAUAUUGUGAUAAACUGUGUUACAUGGUAAAAUUACUUAAAACCAAGGCAGAUAACUGAGAAUAUGCCGGAUCAUAGUCUAGAUGUUUAUUACAAUAUACUCAAGAGACACAUUAAUUAACAAUGGGGAUGUUAUUCAAACAUAAGUGAAUGCAGUAAUUGAGUUUUGCUUUUUCUACAUGUUUACAUUGAGAAUACAUGUCCUGUGUGUCAACAUAUUAUGUACAGUUGAUUAUCUAUACUCUGAAGGAAUUUAAGGAAGACUGUUUGGCCAGUUGUUAUUUAAAGUAGUUUGUACAAAGCAAUGAGGUGAGGCUUAUCUUGGAAAUGUCUUAAAUAGUACAAUGCAGUGUGCAGCAGCAGAAAACUAUAAAUAACUGAACCCCUCCAGAAAAGCAGUUUGACCCCUACCCCCACCCCCAACCCUCCACACACACUCACUCCCCUCCUUAUUAUGGCUAGUGGUGGAUCUGGCAAGUCAGCUAGCGAGGGAUCAUCCAGCACACCCAGUGGCAGUUUGCAGCAGAGGAAGCGUCUCUCCUCCAUCUGUGACACAUGUAAGGGCAAGAUGCAGCUAGUGGCUGACCUCCUCCUGCUGUCCAGUGAGACCAGGCCGGUCAUGACCUCUGAAGGUGUGGCGGUGGCCGACACCUUCGACCAAUGCCGCGACACGGUCAUCGCCAGGACUAAAGAACUCUCCAUUCUCACCCACGACAUCCAGAGCCAGCUCAACAUGGGCCGCUUCACUGAGGUGGGGGACCGUCUCUUGGAGAUGGCUGACCUUGUGGUGUCUUUGACUGAGUGCUCAACCCAUGCCGCUUACUUGGCAGCUGUGGAGACAACUGGCUCCCAGCCCUGCCUGACAGGUUUGGUGGACCGAUACAAGGUGACCCGCUGCAGGCACGAGGUGGAGCAGAGCUGCGGCGUCCUCCGAAUCACACCCCUGCCAGACCUCACCCCCCAGCUCCUCCUCGAGCUCUCUCAAAACAUCUCCACAAACCUCAAGACUCUGACGGACAUCUCGUCGCUGGCCAGUGAGAGGUCCAGGGACCGCUUUGCAAAAGAGCAGUUCAAACUGAGCGUCAAGAGCAUGAGCACGAGCGGCACAGCCUUCCUAGCAUGUGUUAAAGAGGUGAAAACCCAGCCCAGUGAACUGACCAGGAACCGCUGUGUCCUUUUUAGUGCCGCCCUGGUCCAGGCUGUCAGCGCCCUGGUUGGGUUCGCCACAGAGCCUCAGUUCCUGGGAAGAGCUGCGAGUAUCUCCACUGAAGGGAAGGGGGUACAGACUGCAGUUUUAGGGGGUGCCAUGAGUGUGGUUUCAGCCUGUGUUCUCCUCACUCAGGGCCUCAGGGACGUUGCCCAGCAUCCCGAGAGCAGCUCCAAAAUGGCAGACUACCGGGAGCGUCUGCGUAACUCGGCGUGUGCUGUGUCAGAUGGCUGCACACUGCUCACUCAGGCACUCAGAGAACGCUCCUCUCCGAGGACUCUGCCGCCAGUCAACUCUCAUUCUGUGAAUUAGUUUAGGAAGAGGCAACAUGAUCUCCAGUCCCCUCUGUCCUAUUCUGAUGUACCAAAGAGACUCAUUUGGGUUGUCCCUGUUCAUCAGGUUUAGAGUCAAGAGUAACAUCAGAAGAAGGCUGUCUGUGGGUCUGUCCAUGUGGUUGAGGUGGGUUAGUCUGCAAAGGAGCAGUAAACAACUGCUACAGGGUUUUGUGUCACGCUGGAUGUGACUCAAACCUUGUUAGAAAUGGACCACUUGACCAAUCCAAGCCUGACCCAGCCUUACCUGACAGUGCACUCUCACCAACAGACAGCAGCCUUCAAACCUGAAAAGUUUACCUCAGUUUUCAACUCUGGUGAAAACACCCGCCUUGAUGAUGGAUGUAGCCUCGCUGUGUGAACCUAUGGUUGGCUGAUCUGCUCAAUUACAUGUGCUUUGUGAGAUUGGAAAGAGUGAUCUGAGUGUCUCAGUGGUUGUUUUUUGUUUUUGUUUUGUUUUUUGUUUUUUUUUCCAACAUGUGUGAAUUCUUAAUUGGUAAAAAAGCUGCUGUGAGUGUGUGCCAUAGGUUUUACACUAUUUACCAGACUUCGCAUAGUAUUUUAAAGUGUUUUGAUCAUGCAUGUAAUGGAGUAUUUAUUUCAACUAUUAAAAAUGUUGUUUCUGAGAUGAUGUUGUAAUAACGUGCUUUGAAAAGCCAAAUUGAUUUAAAGGAUCUAUUCAUCCCAAAUAAGAAAAGAACAUUCUUUGUUACCCCUCGUGGUAUCUGGCCACGAUGAUUGUUUACUUUCAUUGGUCUAGGUUUUGAGAUAUCUGUCUCUGAGAAUUCUGCUUCCUUCCCAAUAUAAUGGAGGUAAAUGAACUGACAAGAGACACUGAAAAUACCACUUUUUUAAUAAGGCAUCCUGUGUAAAUCGGUAUAAAUGGUUUUAUAAGAUGACUUUAUUGAUGACUUUAUUAAUGGUUAAUAAAACAAAGCUUUGUAGAUGACUUACAAGCUGUUAAUAAGAAAGACUUUGACAGGUUUUGAAACAUCCUGUUAGUCCUCUAAGUGAUCAAGUAGUCUAUAGACUGGAUUUUUUUUACAAAAACCCUAACAUUGCUAUUUAUAACUUAUAAGUAAUGUAUAAAGCAUGAAUAAGUGAUGUAUUUACCAUCAAUAAAAUCUUAAGUUCCAAAUUAUAAACCUUUUAUACAGCAUGCCUCAUCAGGAAGUGAUACCAAAAAUGAAUCAACGAAAAGUCUUUAAAUAAUAAUACACAACUUCU